AUGUCAAGUGGGGAUUCAUUAUUGCAGAACAAUGAAAGUACGGUGUGUAACACUGGAGGUUGGGACAAACAGAAAGGGGGGCAUACGAAUGACACCUUUGGUUGCACCAGGAGUGGCAGUCAAAGUGGAAGCCAAAAUGGCAACCAAAGUACAGCUAGCAACGGAGGCAACCCCAUCACCGAUAACGAAGUUAGCAAGUGCGUGGAUGAGGCUGGGGGAGACACACAGGACCUUGGACAUACGCAUAAAAAAAAGUGCAGAAAAACUAACUCGGUCCAUAAAUACAAAGGAGACAAAUCAAAUUUUUAUGAGAAUGAAAACAGUUACAUGAUUCAUUGCAGAAAUGGAGUAAGCGAUGAUAUACAAUAUGAAACGUCAAUAAUACUAGAUGAGCAAACAAUUAAUACACAUCAUCUGUGGGAUACAAUGACACUUGAUGAUAGCGAAAAUUUGAAGGAGACCCAUGGUAACAAAAUAAUUAAUGUUGAAAAGGUGGAGCACGACAAACAUUACAAACUUAAGACCCCUGUGACAGAGAAUGUGUAUGACGUUGAUAGAGCCAGUAGGAUACCAAAUGGCCACGGGGUGACUGCUACAAAUGCGACAACUAAUGCCACCACAAAUGCGACCACCGAUUUUAGUUACCCAUUUUGCAAUGAAUCUACUCUGAACCAUUAUGUGAAGAAUAAAUCGAAACCUUCUGACGAAGAUAAUGAAAAGGAGAGAGAGGAAGUUGUUGACAGGCAGGGCAUAGGAAAGAACUCCUUUCUCCAUAAUGGUCAUUUGCAAACUGCAAGGGAGAAUGCUUACUGUAAAGGGCUGCCCAAAGGAGGAGGAGAUAGACAGCAGAAUGUAUGCCGAAGCAGAAGUGAGGAAAUCCAACCCUGCGAUCCUAUACAAUGGGGAAGCAUAAAAGAAGAUGAACAAGAAAAAAAUACAGUGAAAAAAAUCAAGGAGCAAGACGACUACGGAAAUGGAAAGCAUAUAGUAGGAGAAGAAAAAAAAGAUAAGAAAUCCACAACCAAUGUUAUAGAAAACUACAAAAAGGAGUUAAUAAAAUAUAUAGAAUUGAACAUCCUGACGAGAAAAAAGGUACACAUGGAAUUGUUUUUACAUCACCAAAUUAAUUGCUACGAUUUGUUACUAGAAAUAAGGAAAAAGAUACCCAUCUGGGGAGAGUACGAAGCGAACUUUUUUUUUCAUUGGAAAAAAAUUAUGACCAUAUGUAUUGAAGAGUUAAAAAUAUACAUCCUGAUAUUUCGGUCUUUAAAUAUCGAAACUGUUAAGCACUUGGAUUUUUUUAUGCUAAAAAUGAUUAUAGACGAGCUAGACGAACUAAGGAAGGUACACGAGCCUAAUUACAAGCCAUUCAUAUUUACACAGGAGUGCCUAAAUAAUUACCCAUGCUCCUGUUCAUUUGAAAAGAGCCCAGACAUUUGUGUUAAUAUGAAUGAAUUUAUCCAACCGUGGUAUAGGAAAAACUUUAACAAGUCUAUGGACAUUAAGAAGUUUUUAAAUUCCUUGGACAUUUUGGAAAAUCAGAAACAUAAGUCGUAUAUCAUCCAGGCGAUGGAGAUACCCACCUACAUCUUUGAUUUGUGCGAUUUGGAGGAAGCAAAAAAUGGAGCGGUCACGCCAAACGGGGGGGGACCACCAAAUGGGGUGCUUUCACCAAGCGUGAUUGCCACACCAAGUGGUGCAGCCUGCCCCAAUGUGGCUUCAUCUUCACCGAAGGAUACGUCGAAGAAGGUCAAAGACAUGUCCGCAAAGAGGAAAGAAAAUCAAACAGUGAAAAGUUUAAAUACUCCCGUAAACCACAAACCGAAAAAGAGAACAGGGUACUACGACCUCGAGAUAGACGGGGUUGUUGCAUCAUUUGAAGCCCGGAAGGGGGUUUAUUAUGACAAGUCCAGGAAACUCUGGAGGGCGAACUGGAAGGAAAACGGAAAGAUUCAGACAAAGGGAUUUUCAGUCAAUGGUAAAGAAGGAGGGACGGCGAGGACAGAUGAGCAUAGCUACAGGCACACAGCUGGAGGUGCAAGCAGCAAGGAUGCCAACUGCACAGAGUGA